AUGGAGAUCCUCACGAGAGCGGGAGCCCUCGCAUUCCUCCCACUGGCGACCGCAAUCCUCGUUGUCAUCUGGGCACUGAUGGGAAUCUACAAGCGCAACUACUGGCGAGCACGGGGCAUUCCCCAGCACCUUACGAAUACCCUGAUAGGCGUGCACGGUCCUUUCUACUUGCGCGAGCGAGCCUUUGCCGAGCACACGAUCGACCUGUACAACGCCCACCCGGGUGCUCGCUACUACGGCUCCUUUGACCUGCUCACCCCGGUCAUCGUCCUCAAAGACCCGGUCAUCAUACGCGACGUGUGCGUCAAGUACUUUGACCACUUUCACGACCACAACAGCUUCGUCACCGAGGACAUGGACCCGGUGGUGGGCCGCAACGUUUUCUCCCUAACGGGGGCGCGGUGGAAGGACAUGAGGAGGACCUUGACACCGAAUUUCACGGCCAGGAAGAUGAAGGGGAUGGUCAAGCUGGUGGCCGAGUGCUCGAAAAAGUUCGUCGGGUACUUUGAGGAGCAUCCGGAGGUUGCGGCUUGUUUCGAGGCGACGGACACCUUCACCAGGUACGCCAACGAUGCCAUAGUGAGCACGGCCUUCGGGAUACACGUUGACUCCAUGAACGACCAGGGAAACAACUUGUACCGGCACAGCAAGGAGGUGGCCUCGUUUCUCAACUCGUGGAAGCUCCUGGCCUUCCGACUGGUGCCGAAACUCAUGCGGCUCUUGGGCGUAAAGUUCCUGUCGAAGGCCACGGACGCGUUUUUUAAGGGCAUGAUCGGGGGCACGGUCAGGACAAGGGAGGAGCUGGGCAUCGCCCGACAGGACAUGAUAGACUCGUUGUUGCAGGCCAAACGCAGCAGGGACCCCGUUGAAGUGACCAACGAGGACAUAGUGAGCCAGGCUUUGAUUUUCCUCAUUGGGGGAUUCGAUACCACGUCGAGCCUCACGUGCUCCUUGGCUUACGCGUUGGCGAGCAAUCCCAAAGUCCAGGAUAAAGCCCAACGAGAAAUCGACGAGCUGAUGCUGGAAGGUGGCGACGGUGUUAUCACCUACGAACGCUUGGGGGACAUGAAGUAUUUCGACAUGGUCAUCAGCGAGACGCUCAGAAUGUACCCACCGACGCCCCUCACCGACAGAUUGUGCACCAAGAGAAUUACCAUCCCAGGCUGCAAGGAGGGCUCCCCGGACUUCAUUGUGGAAGUUGGUACGAGCGUGAUAAUACCGAUGCACGGGGUGCACAAUGAUCCCAAAUAUUUCCCGGAGCCGGAGAAAUUCAUACCCGAGCGUUUUGGUCAGGAGAACCGGGAUAAAGUCACUCCGUUUACGUACAUGCCGUUUGGUCUUGGCCAGAGAAUGUGCAUCGGCAAGCGCUUUGCUCUCAUGGAGAUAAAGAUAUUGUUCGCUCAGCUGUUGAGCAAGUAUAGCCUGAGCUUCGCGGGGAAGACGAGGUUGCCACUCGCGUUGAGGAAGGAUUCGCCGAGUACGAGGUUCGUGGGUGGAUUGUGGCUCAAAUUGGAUAAACGAGACCUGUAG